AUGUUGUCGUCGAUCAGAUCCUCCGUUGCUCUAUCCGCCAGGAUGUCGUCGUCUCCAACGGCAAGAGUCUCCCAGAUCCAGAGGCACUUUAGCACCAGUCGCCCGGCGGCCAAGGAGAUUCGCGAUGCUUACAUUCUGAGUGCUGCUCGUACGCCAACGGCGAAGUUCAACGGUUCCUUUGCCUCGGUCUCGGCGCCUCAGCUCGGCGCCGUCGCCAUCAAAGCUGCGGUCGACAAGUCUGGUGUCCCUGUCGAGAAGAUUACCGACGUAUACAUGGGAAACGUGCUGCAGGGAUCCGUCGGCCAGGCCCCUGCUCGACAGGCCUCGAUUUUCGCCGGUCUUCCCCCUACCGUCGAGGCCACCACGGUUAACAAAGUGUGCGCAUCCGGUCUGAAAGCGGUGGCCUUAGCCGCGCAGAACAUUCAGCUGGGAUUGGCAGAAGCUCAGAUUGCUGGAGGAAUGGAGAACAUGACCAGAGUGCCAUACUAUCUUCCCCGAUCAAGUCAGCAGCCGCCGUUCGGAGAGAUCAAGUUGGAGGAUGGUCUGAUCAAGGAUGGAUUGUGGGACGUCUACAACCAGUUCCACAUGGGUAUCUGUGCUGAGCAGACGGCCAAGAAAUACGACAUCUCGCGGGAGGACCAGGACCAGUAUGCCAUCCAGUCGUAUCAGCGUGCCCAGCAAGCGUGGAAGGAGAACAAGUUCGCCGAGGAGAUUGCACCCGUUACCGUCAAGGGUAGGAAGGGAGAUACUGUCAUCGAGCGCGACGAAGGGUUCGAAAAUCUCAACGUUGAUAAGCUGAAGACCUUGAAGCCCGCGUUCCUGCGCGAUGGUACCGGCACGGUGACUGCGGGCAAUGCUUCCACCAUGAAUGACGGUGCAUCCGCCCUGGUCCUGGGAAGCAAGGAGAUUGCGCAGCAGUAUGGCAAGGACAGCCGCGUUCUGGCACGGAUAGUGUCUUCUGCAGAUGCUGCCAUUGACCCCGUCGACUUCCCCGUCGCCCCUGCGAAGGCCGUCCCAAUUGCUCUGGAGCGAGCCGGCAUCACAAAGGACCAGGUUGCCAUUUGGGAAUUCAACGAGGCAUUUGCUGCCGUCAUCAAGGCUAAUGAGAAGAUCCUCGGCCUUCAGAACGCCAAGGUCAACCCUCUAGGAGGUGCUAUCUCGCUGGGUCACGCUCUUGGCAGCUCCGGUUCCCGCAUCUUGACCACUCUUCUGCACCAACUCCAGCCUGGCGAGUACGGUGUGGCAGCUAUCUGCAACGGAGGCGGAGCAGCUACUGCCAUGGUCAUCCAGAGACUGGCCAGUGUUGAGUAA